CAUCAUUUUUGUAAGUCGGUGUUGGCCACUGAUAUCAGCUAUAAAUCCCCAAUCCGCCAUUUGUAAAAUCCCUAAUUUACUCAAAAAAUCUGCCCAAAGAAAUGGAUCUUCAAGUCUUCAUCCGAUCCCCAAAUCACCAAACCCUGACUUUAACACUAGAACCCACCCAAUCCCUAACCCUCCACCACCUCAAAUCCUCUCUUCUUCCAAAUCCCCAAUCGCUAUCCUCCUUCUAUUUUACCCUCAAUGGAAAACCCCUCCCCGAUUCCACCCUUCUCCCUAAUCGCCAAAUUACCCAUCUCUCCACCCUCUUCCUCCUCCCCCGCCUCUCCGCCGGUGGAGGCGAUGGCGGCGCCACUGGAGCUGAGUCCCGCGAUUGUUAUCUCAAGAUGUACGCCGUUAAAAAGCCUGAUAAAGUCGACCCGAAUGAGCAAAGGCUCGGUAAGUGGCUCAAUUGUGCCUUAUCUAAUGAACCCUUAAGAGAACCUUGCGUGAUUGAUAAAUUAGGGAAUAUUUUCAAUAAGGAAGCUCUUGUUGAAGCUUUGUUGGGUAAGAAAUUGCCCAAAGAGUUUAGACAUAUAAAAGGUUUGAAAGAUAUGAUUAAUAUUAAGUUGUCGAUGAUACCUGGGAAUGAAUCAGAUGCUGCUGAUGGUGCUAGGUUUCAAUGCCCGAUAUCGGGGCUUGAAUUUAAUGGGAAGUAUAAGUUUUUUGCAUUGAAGAAUUGUGGGCAUGUGGUUAGCGCUAAGGCUUUGAAAGAGGUUAAGUCAUCAGCUUGUUUGGUUUGCCAUAAGGAGUUUGUGGAGUGUGAUAAGGUGGUGAUUAAUGGUAGUGAGGAAGAAGUAGCAGCCUUGAGGGAGAUGAUGGAGGAAGGGAAGGCGAAAACAGUGAAGGAGAAGAAGAAAAGGGGAAUCGAUGUUGUGGAUGGGGAAAAGGGUUGUGGUAAAUUGGAAGCGAAUGGAAAACUUGAGAACGGUAAGGGAUUGGGUAAUGGCGGAGUGAAGAAGUUUAGAGCUGCGGAUGUGGCACCGGCUAAUGCUACUAAGGAAGUUUAUGCUUCUAUAUUUACUUCCUCCAAGAAGUCAGAUUUUAAGGAAACUUUCACCUGUAGAUCGCUCCCGAUUGGUCGAAACUGAUGGUUUCAGCUGUACCAUACUCAUGGUGAUCUGUCGGUAUUCUGCUUUGUUUGUUCAUGAAUGGAGACUAUUCAUGUGUUUUGAAGUUGCCAUUCCCUCAUUGUAUUUUUCCUUAUUUACUGAAAUUGAAUUGUUCCUGUUUAACCUAGAAUUCUAAUACAUAUCUAAUUUCAAUCUUGAA